AUGGGGAUACCACAGCAUGCCCUUACUAUAAAACGAUUAGCCAAUGCGGUUGCGAAGUCAGUCAAAAAGGAGUGCGCGCAGGCAUUGGGCAAGAAACAUCUCUGUGAGGAUCCUAAGACACUCAACAAUUUCGGACAAUGUCUCAAGGCUCAGCUUCUGCCGGUCGUUAUGAGUUAUAUUGGCGAACUAAUGCCAUUGGUAACAGAGCCGAUGUGCAAGAAGGAGUUCUCUUACCUUCAGAAAAGUACCUUGUGGGAGCAAUUGAUACCUAGCUAUUUCGAUGCUUACGCUAAGGUCUGUACCAAGCUAUGA